UAUUGUUCUCACUGUUGCUGGUUUUUGCAAGUAGCAGUUGUGUAAUUGUUUGUUGUGUUAGCAUAUUGUUUGCAUUAGUAGUAAAAGUAGUAGUAGUGGUAGAAUAGUUAUAGUAGCAUCACAAGUAGGCUGUAUAGCAGAAGCAUGGACUAGAGCCUAUGAGUAGAAGUAGUAACUGAAGCAUUUUUAACAGCAGUAGCAGUAGUCAUUGUACAAGUAUUGUUAUUAGAAAAACUAUUUUUUCAAUCCUGAAUAUCAACAUGUUGUUUUGUCUACCUGCCGUCCAGCUCACGCCACACAUUCAGCUCAUCGUAGUCUCCAGUCCUGUACGCAAACAGGAUGACCUCUUGCUCGCCACUGAGCUCUGUGGCCACACGCAUGCACAGAGUGAAAGCCGUCAGCCUCAGGGGCUUCAGAGGGACCAUCUCCACAUAACUGAAUCUGACGGGCAUCAGGACCCAGAGGAGGUCAGGGGGGAGCUGCCAAACAUGGCGGACCAAAACACGAAAGAAGACGAAUUGAAGUUCUACAGUGAGAUUUUAAGUCCAUCUGAACUGUUUGCAGCCCGGUCCAGGAGUCACAAGAUUCCAGUCAGAGGGCAGAAGGACUUCUUUCCCGAUGACUCAGACGAGCAAAGACAGCGGCUUGAGCAGAGUCUCAAUGAGCACUGGAGCCUCAUAUCAGAGGAGAGAGUGGAGAAGCUGGGAAACCUUGUGAAGGCCACAUGGAGUCCAAGCGAGCAGAUUGUGGAGCUUCAGUCUCCGGCUGGAAAGUUUUGGCAGACGAUGGGUUUUUCUGCCAACGGCAAGCAGUACCUCCUCCCUGAAGAGGCUCUCUACCUGAUGGAGUGUGGGAAUGUGCAGGUGUUUUACCGCGGCCUGCCGCUGUCCAUCCAGGACGGGUAUGAGAGAUUUCUGUCCUCGAGCACAGUGAGCCUCCAGCAGUAUCAGGUGUUUGGGCAUUUGAAGAGGCUUGGCUAUGUGGUGCACAGAUUUGAUCCCAGUUCGGAGCCAUCAUCCUAUGCGAGGCAGCUGAACCUGCCUCAGUCACGGGACAGAGCGGGACGACAACUGAAAAGGAAGCGCAGUGCCAGCCCCACGCCCUCCACCCCCACAAAAGCCAGUCACAGUGAAACCCAAGAAAAAUCCACAGCUGACAGAAUGGAGGUUAGCGAGUGUGGCCGUGAAAAUGAGGAGGAUAAAGAACUUCCUGAAUCACAGCUGACGAUGUCUCCGGAGACCUCAGGGACUCAGCCUGCCACUGUGAGCUCAGCGGACAGCGGCGGGGGCAGGACCUGGUGGAUGACAGAUGAUCUUAGGGACCGAUCUGAUCACCAGCCGGCCUCUGGUACUGCACGCUGGGACUUCAGCUCCAUCGCUUUCCCUGACCUGGGAUCCAGGGAGCAGCUCUCCACCUGCCUGGCCUCUCCUGACCCCUCUUUGCUCCCGGGGUCUCUGGCCGUGGGAGUCUGUGACCUCGCCCACUGGAGCCAAAGAAUAAACCUGAGGAAGGUGAAGAUGUCCCCAAAGGAGCAGAACAGGGAAGAGGACAGGCGGAGGAGCCGCCGGGAUGUCAAUAAAGACAGAGAGGUUCAGCAGUGCAGAAACUGGGUGGAAUAUCGGGCGCUCCUGGCGAGGCAGCAGAGGAAGCGUGAAGGCCGACUAGCACACUUGUGGGACAGAGAAGUCACUCCUUUACACGACCCAAGACAGCCAGUCUCCCACGAGGAGCUGCUGGAAAAAAUCAGUGUGAUAAAAUCUACAAAUUUGCUCGAGGGAGCAUCCAGGUUAAAAGGCUCAGAUGAAUGGAGGAUUUGUUUCAAUGUUUACCAACCUGAUACGGUGGCAGACUUCAAGAAGAGCAAACCGGGGAAGCCGUACUCCCGGAUGUGUGUGUGCAGUUUCGACGGCCCCGUGCCAGACCUGCGAGCUAUCAAGUCGCUAACCUUCCAGAGUGGAGACAUCCCAGUGGUCUUUGCUGUGGUGGACUACGGAGACAUCUCCUUCUACACCUUCAAAGACUUCCAGCUGCCCACUGAUGUGUACCCCUGACACCUCCCUGCUCUUAAACUUCACCGUACAACACGUAUUCAGGACUUUACAAUGAAUCUGCAUGUGUCAGGUUUAGCUGGACAUACAAAAAUAAAAAUAUGAAAUCAAUCUUUGAUGACAUAGAU